ACCCUCCCAGACUCAUCAGUCCUUCUUCAUCUUAACAGAGCUAGGGUUUAGUAUCAAAAAAUGGCGACUCGCUAUCUGACUCGUUCUCUACUCACUGCCUUCACUCGCUCAUACACCUCUCUUGCACCAUCGAGCACAUUAUCUUCUUCCUCUCUCCUCCGACUGCGACCUCUUAUUGCCGUCGCCGCCAAUCUAAAAAACGCCUCUCCGCCGCCGACGCCUUUUGCUGUUCGAGGGUUCGCCACUCGACAGACGUCAUCGUCGCUCAAUGACCCGAAUCCUAACUGGUCGAAUCGACCCCCGAAGGAGACGAUUUUGCUCGACGGUUGUGACUUCGAACACUGGCUUGUUGUGAUGGAGAAGCCCGAAGGUGAUCCCACUAGGGAUGAGAUUAUUGAUAGUUACAUCAAAACUCUUGCUAAUAUUGUUGGAAGCGAGGAAGAAGCAAGGAUGAAGAUAUAUUCUGUCUCAACCAGGCAUUACUAUGCUUUUGGUGCUCUUGUAUCAGAAGAACUUUCGUACAAACUAAAAGAGCUGCCCAGGGUUCGUUGGGUGCUUCCUGAUUCCUAUCUGGAUGUUAGAAACAAAGAUUAUGGAGGGGAACCUUUUAUCAAUGGGCAGGCUGUACCUUAUGACCCUAAGUACCAUGAGGAGUGGGUGAGAAACAAUGCUCGUGCUAAUGAGAGAAACAGGCGAAAUGACCGACCUCGUAAUUUUGAUAGAUCCAGAAACUUUGAGAGAAGAAGAGACAUGCAGACUAACCAAAACAGUCAGAACCCUGGAUCCAACAUGCCACCCGGGGGCCCUCCCAACAUGAGGAAUCCACCGCCUCCCAACAUGGGCGGGAUGCAGCAACCUAACAUGGGAGGUCCACCCAACAUGGGCGGGAUGCAACAGCAGGGCAUGGGCGGUCCACCCAACAUGGGCGGGAUGCAACAGCAGGGCAUGGGAGGUCCUCCCAACCCGGGCGGGAUGCACCAGCAGGGCAUGGGAAGGCCACCCCAUGUGGGUGGGAUGCAGCAGCCAAACAUGCCUCCACCAAACAUGGGUGGAGGGCCUACCCAUAACUAUGGAGGAGUGCCAAACAAUGCACCCAACUUCCAAUACAACAGUGGAUCAAACAGUGGAGGCACACCUUACCCAACAGGUCCAGGGCCAAACCAGAGCUACUCUCCUAAUCCAUCUGAUGGAAACCCUUAUCAGAAUCAAAACUUGCCUGGAAGAGAUAUGCCCCCUCCUAAUUACCGAUAAGCAGAUGUAGAUAUUAAGUAUGAAGUUCUUAAUGCUAGGUUUUUUUAUUUUAUUUUGGGAAGUAAUGUACCAUCUUAUGUUUCGGUAGCACGAUUUCAUCAUAAUGGUACAUAUUGAGUGCUGUACCAAAAAUAAUUCAUGUUUUAUUUAAGUGCUGUCACCUUAUUAGAAUUGCUCUAUUUGCUUUA